AUAAAAAUUAUUCUAUUUGGGUGUGGUUUUUUGAUUCCCCUCAUUUCUCGUAAGAAAUCUCAAAUAUUAGGUAACAAUAAAUUUAUACCUCUCAUUAUUUAGAAUUUAGAAUCAUAUUUAAAAUCUAAAAUUUAUCAUUAUUUAUCUUCCCUGAAUUUAGCAAAUAAAAUUUUUAAGGAUCAUUUUACUUGAUUCUGUAACAAAAUUUAGUUGGGAAUUGGCAAGGUCUAGGCUUGGCCUAUAAACUUGUACAUAGAAAUAAGCCAUAGCCAAGGUACCUUUGCCAUAACCAACUUUUUUCUUUUUUCUUUUUUUUUUUCCGGAUUUUAGAAAAAUAAAAAGAAAAAGAGUGAAAGAAAAUUGAAAUUUGAAUAAAAAUUAAAAAUAAAAAAUAAAAUAGGGUAAAAUGAAUAAAAUGGAAGGAAUAUAUAUGUUGUGUUAUUUUUUAGGUUUGGCUAUAACUUUAAAUGCCAACAUUGGGGAAUUUGAUGAGUAUUGGCAAAAAAGAAAACUUGAAGUUGUGAAAUAUUUUGAGGAAGCUUACCACUCUCACCCUUACAAUGUCACUCAUCACUUUAAUCAACAAGUUCACUUGUCUAUGCGAAGCAACAAACCCUAUCGACGCUUGUUGGAGAUGCCAAUCGAAUUGGGCAGAGAAUCAAAAGAGACUAGCCGAUUGCGGCAUCAGGUUUGGCAAGGGGACGACCGGGGGAAAAGUCGGACGAUUUUAAGAGGUAACGGACCCUUUAGACAACGACAUGAUUAACCCAAAAUUUGGAACUCUACGACAUGUAGUGAUCCAGUUAGAGCCACUUUGGAUCAUAUUUGAUAGGUCAAUGAACAUAAGAUUAAGCCAAGAAUUGAUCAUGACAGGCGACAAAACAAUUGAUACAAGAGGAGCGAGUGUACAUAUUGCUAAUGGGGCAGGAAUUACUAUACAAUUUGUUAAGAAUGUAAUUAUACAUGGUCUACAUAUUCAUAAAUCAAAUAUAUAUGCUGGUAAUGGAGGGUAUAUUAGGGAUUCUACAACCCAUUUUGGGUUUAGAACAAAAAGUGAUGGUGAUGCUAUUUCUAUUUUUGGAUCUUCGAAUGUUUGGAUUGAUCAUCUUUCUAUGGAAAGAGCUACUGAUGGACUUAUUGAUGUAAUUCAAGGAUCAUUUGCUGUUACUAUCUCCAAUUGUCAUAUGGCUGAUCAUAAUGAGGUGACAAAGAGGGAAGCACCAGAAUCAGAGUGGAAGUCAUGGACAUGGAGAACAGAGAAAGAUUUGUUCUUGAAUGGUGCAUAUUUUAGAGAAUCAGGAAGCAACGAAAUUAGCAAUAAUAAUAAAGCUGGAAUGUUUACACCAAUGGAUGGAACUAUGGUCGGUGAAUUAACAAGAUUUGCUGGUCCACGCAAAUGGCUGCCUGGAAACCCUUGCUAG